AUGCGGUCAUCACGGCCGGUGCUGUGUGGAUACACGUCAGAACACUACUGCAGGGACCUUGCAGUUAUUGAAAUUGACUGGCAAGCCUCCAGCAAGAGUCAGACCGUCUGUAACCACCAGCUCCUUCUAACCUUUGACGGUCGCAAGUACUUCUCUCCUAAUACCGAAACAGCAAAGAGGGUUCUUAAUGUUGGCACCGGCACCGGCAUUUGGGCCAUUAACUUUAGUAUACAGCCUUCCGAGCAUAUAUGCACCUCUUGGACAUAUGGAGUUGACAUUCUGCAGCGGACGAGCAUCCCCACGCCGAGUACCCUCGAGCCUAGGGGCUGGAUCGAGCUCCAGGACCCCGGUACCCCCUCUGUCUCUAAUAACGGCACCUUAAAGGACAGAUCCCCUUUGUGGCAGUAUAACAGACGCUUCAUCCAGUCUGCUAAGAACCUUAGCCGCCCGAUCCAUCUCGCUGCCGACCACGACGAGCGCCUCAAGGACGCAGGAUUCAUCAACGUCGAGCGCAAGGUCUUUAAGUGGCCCAUUAAUAUAUGGCCCAAGAACCCCAAGCACAGGGAGGUCGGCUUGUGGACUCUGGCCAACAUCGAGGGCAAUCUCGAGACCAUCAGCAUAGCCCUGAUAACCCGCGGCCUAGGGAUAACUAGGGAGGAGGUGGAGGUCUUCCUCGUAGGCGUCAGGAAGGACCUCCGGGACCGCAGGAUCCCAUGCUUACUGGCCGGUCUACGUGACCAUCGGCUAGAAGCCGUUACUGGAGAACUAGAUAGCUCAAAUUACAUCAAGUCUUGAUAGUUAGGAUCAAUAUUACGCGAAUAUCGCAUAUAUAGAUUAGUCUCAUCUAUAUCUUCGUAGCGCGGGGGCGGUGGGAGCAAGUGUUGAUGAUGAUUUAG